GCGCGGACGUGUUCCUCGCCGCCACGGCGUCUCCGGCCGGCAGCGCCCUAGGCAGUAGAAAUGGAAGUGGGCGCCAGCUCUAUAAUGGAGGAUGCCAAUGGAGUAGUUGAUUGGGAUGUUGACAUUGUUGGCCUUGAGAGUGGUGCUGCUUGCAGCAAAUUGGUCAAAACUGAAGACCCUGAUGCUACAGAGUGCUCAAGUUCUUUUGGGGACACUCUGUCAGGGUCCGAGGAUGACGCAAGGCCUUCAGAGAUUAGUGACAUUGAGGUCGACUCACCGUUCUGCCGCUAUCCUGCUAAUGGUGAUGCUGCUGCUCUCAUGGAUGCAGCUGUAUCAGACAAUUUGGAUAGAUUAUUAAAGAAGAAACGGGUAACUGAACACUGGCGAAAAUAUAUCAGCCCAUUAAUGUGGAGAUGCCAAUGGUUAGAGCUACGAAUGAAGGAUUUGCAAUCUCAAGUAUCGAGAUAUGACAGAGAACUUGCAGUACUAAAGCAUGAGAAGGAGUUGCAAACAAAAAUGAUUGAGUUGGAUUGCUCCUCAUCAAGAUCAGUACCCUUCUCCUCUCAUUGCUGCAGGAAGACUAUGAAGAGGAGGAGAAGAAAGAGAAAUGAGGAGAAAAUGAAUGCUUUAUCAUACAUCUCAAAUCACACUGUAUUUUCUUAUUAUGAGAAAACAGAAGUAGAUGCCUUUUCUAUUGACGACAAUGGGGACACAGCAGAUGAAAACACCACAGUUAACAAUGAUGCUGAUUGGCUACUUGGAAUUAAGAGAGGCGAUGCUACUUUCGAGCAGAUUCUUUUAAGUAUUCAAUCUGCUCAAGACAAAGUGCUUAGCCUCAGGUCUAGUCUCAAGAAGGCAAUGGCCAAAAAAAGUAAGGGAGCAACACUCAAAGUCAACACACAUAUCAACGGUGCACAGAGCUCAAGUUGCUCGCCAGGUAUGGGUAAACCUUCUGAAAUUCUUGAAAGAUCACCGAGGGACACAUCGGAUUAUGAUAUGGAUGAUGCUGCCAUGCCCGAGAGUGCUCUUUCAAGUUACGGAGAAGCUAAUGAUAUGGAUAUUUUUGAAAGCACCAUGAGCCUAUUGUCGGCCGAAGGUCCACACCAGAUGGGAGAAUUUCACCAGAGUUCUGAAGAUGUACUAAUUGACAAUCAAGCAGCUGAGGAAGGGUAUCAGAACUUUGAGGUGAUCAGUCAUCCAUGCAAGCGACUACGGGUAUCGGUCAAGAGAGAAACCAGGGCACACUCUGAGGAUGAGAGUGUCGCCCCGACGAUCGCUGUGAAGAAAGAAGCAGCUCAGGAAGAAGCCACAACCAGCUUGGGUCUUCAGGCAGCGUUUUUUAAGCCGUGCUACACAGGCAAGAGGCGAAGGAGGAUGCCCAAAAUUCAAAGGCGAGGCGGUUCAUCCGCAUCUCCUUUCUCGUCUUGGAUCUCCUCUCGGAUUCGUAGAAAGAGGCAAUUAUAAGUGGGUAAUAGCUACCUCAGUCAGUCAAUCAAUCUUCCAAUUUAGCUUCAGAUCUUCAUUUUAGUUAGAUGAGAUGACGACGGCAACUGCAGUUCUUUCUCUUUGUACCUGGUAUUUUCAACAACGACGUAAGAGUAUCUGCAAAUGGGGGCAUGAUGGCUUCAGCCCUCAGGUGCUUGUAAGGCCAAGAUCUCUUGCAUCUUUCUUUUGCUGUCGUUGUUUAUGGUCUUGUGACAAGUUAAACUGGAUUGCUUCAUUGUAACUUGUGAGGACUUUCCUCGGACGUUUUUCGUUCCUA